AUGCCAUUAUCAAUCGUAUUGGAAAGACAUAUUAUUAAAUCUUCUGAGAAACUUGGUAAAAGUAAUGUUAAAGUUUUUUGUAAAGCAUGUGUUGAAGUAUUGGGUGAGGAAGCAGGCAAAAACAAAAGUUUUUCCAAUAAAACAGAUAGAAUCAUUCAGCAUCUAAAUAAAUGUGCAUAUUUUAUGAAGAAAAUGACACCCGAAGAAAGAGAUGAAAUAUUUGCCCUGUCUAAUAAAAAAGAAAUUUCAAAUGAAAAAAGACCGGCUUCUCCUAGUUUUUCUUAUGACACUGCAUCCAAUUCCUCCAAAGCUUCUUCAACACGAAAAGUCAUAGUUACCAAUGAAGAAAAUAAUGAGCCUUCUAAUGAAACUGAUCCUAAAACUGAAUCAAAACUUGAAACUGAAUCAAGACUUGAAUCUGAACCUGAGAACGAAGAUAAUAUGGCAAAUGAAAACUUUAAUGAUGAAGAGAUAGCAGACUCAAAUUCUUUGGAGGAAGAAUUUAGUUAA